CGACAUCGUCGAUACCACUGAACCAAUGAAAUGUAGCCGACCGCAAGAAACAUACUCUGUGACUGCAAGAAUCGGAAGCCCAAGAAGUUUGUGUCAGUCGAUGCUUGACAAUAAAGGAACAAGGAACCUGAUUUCACAGAGGGUUGGAACAUGAUGUACACUCAGUACAAAUGCCUAUACCAUCUUCAUCACAGCAGGGCUGUACAUCAACAACUUGGUUUAUACCUACACAGUUUGAAAAGAACCAUCACUAAGAUAGCAUCACAAUCAAACCUAUCUAAUCUGAACUCUGUACCACGAGUAUCCUGCCAGUAUGGGAAACUGAAGCAAUGCAGGCGGCCCAGAGCAGGAGAAUAUAGCAUAUCUGGGAGAAACAAACAUAACCUUUGUGACUAUCACAGACUUUUUCUCAGCACCAUUUCCACUCAACAACACUGUCAGUCGAGGGGAUACUGUACUGAGAAGCGAGGCACACCUCCAUGGCGGAUUCUGUUUUUUGGGAGUGAUGUUUUUUCUGUGAAAAUUCUACAGGCUCUUCAGGAAAACAGGUCAGCAUGCAGUGACACACUGGUGGAGACUCUGGAUGUUGUGUCAACGAAAGGUCAGAACAGUGUGAAGACAUAUGCUGAAACCGUGGGUGUUUCCAUCCGUGACUGGCCAAUACCAGAUCUGACCGGUUGCUACGAUGUGGGGGUGCUGGCGUCGUUCGGGUAUCUUGUUCCAGGGAAAGUCAUCAGAAUGUUUCCACAUGGUAUCCUGAAUGUUCAUCCAAGCCUGCUGCCGCGAUGGAGGGGGGCGUCGCCUCUUGUACACACCAUCCUGUCACGUGACAAGGUGACUGGAGUGACGAUCAUGAAACUGAGACCCAAACAUUUUGAUGUCGGCACAGUCCUAGCGCAGGAGAAGAUGUUGGUCCCAGAUGGGUGUACAACCCCCCAGUUGCUGGAUGUGACGGCGCGACGGGGGUCUCACCUGCUGUUGAGGACUCUGGGGACCCUCUCAACCAUCCAGGAGAAGGAACAAGUGAAAGAUGGAGUGACCUAUGCACACAAGGUGCGACCAGCCAUGGCGUACAUUGACUGGGACCGACAGACCAUGGAGGAAAUACAGGCUCAGUACAGAGCUCUCAGCCAUAUGAUGCCUCUGCGUAGUGAGUUGAACGGAUAUCCUGUGAAGCUACUAGACAUGAACAUAGUUGGUGAAGAUGAUGUUGCAGGUGCUGCUGCUGCUGCAGCCCCAGGAACUGUCGUGUUUGACAAGAAACAGAAGAUAUUGUGUGUCAGGUGUCAGAAUGGUUGGGUGGGUUUUGAGAAUAUUGUCUUCAAAAAGAAGAUGUCUGCUCAGGCGUUCUACAAUGGCUAUUUGUCUAAAGUAGCUGAGAGGAAGCUGUUGCUGGACAGUAUCAAGAACGGACUCGACACGGAGAGUUACAUGCAGAGAGUUCUCCAGAGAGUGUGACUGCUUGUAAAUAAAUAUGACUGAUUCA